AUGAGUUCGGCGUACGUGCAGCAGUACAAUCAUGCAUCCGCGUACGGCGCAGGAGGAAAUAUGGUGGCAUAUGGUGGCGGUGGUCUUGGGCUGGACACUGUCGUCUACGGUCACUACAACAACAACGGUAGCGGCACUAACGGAGCUACUAUGGGCGGUACCGGUGGCUGCUACGGUUAUGGCACGGAUAGUGGGUCCUCCGAAGGCUAUCACAGCCCAGGUCCGGUGUCCAGCCCGGAGUCGUACUACAACCACACGAGCCCCGCAGAGUACACCAGUCCGGCCAGCCCGUACACCGGUUUCGGGUACGGUGGUUCCACGAUGCACGGUGCAGGACGAGCGGCCAGCAACGUCAAUGGGAACUGCGAUCAGUACUACAACUACGCCACGAACUGCUUCAAAACGGCAUCCCCGACCGUGCCUCGGUACACGGUAGCUGAGAGCGGUCCUCCGCUCCGCGAUCGAUCCCUGCCCAGUGAGUACUCACGGUGUGACGACGUCCCGCAGGAGAUCCCGCCGAGAGCAACGUUUUCGUCCUCAGCACACCCGGCGGCUCCUAAGCGAGCUGCCACGGCGAUGGCUCCCUGUCAGACCGGUCACAGUGCACCGUUCUACAAUCCGUACGCGAUACCGGCGGUCCGAGAUCACAGCAGCCCGGCGCACAGCUCCGGCAGCUCCGUUUCGCCAACCCCGUCACACUCGAGUGAACAGUCUGCGGUCACGAUCCAGCCGGAGGUGGUGAAAAAGCGCCGCCUGGCGGCGAAUGCCCGCGAACGGCGGCGCAUGAACAGUUUGAACGAUGCGUUCGAUCGGCUGCGGGACGUGGUGCCAUCACUUGGGAACGACCGGAAGUUGUCCAAGUUCGAAACGCUUCAGAUGGCACAGACAUACAUCGCGGCACUCAACGAGCUCCUGUCGCGGGACUAG